AUGUUUGAUAAUUCUUCUGAUGGAGAAGAUGAUCAUUUUUAUUCUUCAAAAAUGCAGGCAGAAGACAACAUUACAGGAGAUUUUAACGAUGAUGAAGAAAAUGAUCUGCUAAAUCAACAUCCAAUUUCAGAAAAAUAUAUUGAUGAACUACAAGUUGAUAAAAUCCUUUCUUCAAUACUUACAGAUUACGAAAACAUGGGAUGGAACCAACUCAUGAAUCUUUUUCUACAAUUAAAUCAAUAUUUUGGAGAAAAUUUUCUUUUUACUCAAGAAGAUUUCGAUUUAAGGAAAUUUACUGAUGUAAUACUAGAAAUUCUUAAGAAUAGUAUCGAAUAUCGCCAAUAUACCUAUCAGAUUUUACUUUUUUUAAGACACAUAAUCGAUGUUGAUGAAGAAGAUACUGUUGAAUAUGAAAUUAGCAAGAUAUUAGUUACCCACAAAGAUGAAAACAACGAUAAUGAUGUACUCUUAUAUCUUUUAUCAAUUAUCAACGUAGAAAUUGACUGGAGAAUCAAAAAUCAGACAGAAAAGUUCCAUACAGCAUUAGUAGAAGUGAUUUUCAAUAUAAUAGAGAGCGCAUUUCAAAAAAAAUUCAUUGAAAAUUUUAACAAAUUAGGAAAAUAUUUAACAACUAUCCAUGAAAUGGUUAUUGUUCCUAAUGCACUUACUCACGGUGAGAUAUAUCUAGCGUUUGGAACAGUAGCAACUGCAGCAAAUCGCUUUAAACAACAUAAAUACACAGAUCUCUUUUUAGACAACCUCAAACGGGAUUUUGAUAUAAUCCCUACACCUCUUUUACUCGAAACUCUUGAGAAUCUAAUCCAUAAUCCCGAAACAGCGACACAUGUCCUUGCAUAUCAGAUAAAUCAAGGAAAUCCUGUAAGAAAUCUAAUAGAAAUCUAUUAUCAGAAUGAAGAUAACUCAAUAAGUUUAGGAUCUCUUAGUCUUAUAUCGCGCGCUUUGUAUUGUAAUCAAAAUAUUGCAGAAGAAUUCGGAAUUGACCCAACAGCGAUGAUUCUUCACAAAUUAUCAACAAGUAUCGAAUCAUCAGAUAAAUGUCUCAAUAUUAUAUUACAAUUAGUUAAUUAUUGCCAUGAAGCCGCUUGUCAGUUAUGUGUCAAUGGUUUGAUUGAUGUAUUGAAAGAAAAAUAUGAUGAUUUUACUAUUGAUGGAAAAUGUAUUGCCGCAGAGAUAUUUAUUCGCUUAAUUUCAAAAUAUCCUGAGUAUAUUUCGAAAGAUGUCAUAAUUGAGACUGUUUUACCCAUUAUUGUUACAAUACUUGAUCUUUUAUGCCAUAAUGGUACUGAUUUGGUCAACAAAAUCUUUACUUUACUGAUAAAUUUGUUCAAUGACGACAAAAAUCAGGAUUAUUCUAUGGGAUUCAUCUCGAAAUUUGUUGAUUUAGGUGGUAUUGAUACGUUCUAUGAGAUAAGAGAUACAACAAAUAACUUCAGUUUCAAAAAAAGAAUUGAUGAUUUUCUUCAGUUGACACAAUCUCGAUUUGGUUUGCAGUAA